AGAGUGCAUUAAUGUAAAAUAUGCCCAGACAACAUAACUUGUCAGAGAGGAUUAUUUCUGCUUAGUGAAUCUGCAGGGGCCCCUUUGCUCCACCACUCAGCGUCUGACUAGAGAGAGAAAGAGUAGCCAUUAGUGAGUAGCAACUGUGGCAUUGAUGUUUGAGCGCACUUCUGAACUGGCUUUUGUUGAGAAUAUCGGUGCAGAAAGCAUGCGCUGUCCCAAAUCUGCUGUUACUAUGAGAAAUGAGGAGCUGCUUUUAAGUAACGGCACAGCUAACAAGAUGAAUGGAGCUUUGGAUCACUCAGACCAACCAGACCCAGAUGCCAUUAAGAUGUUUGUUGGACAAAUCCCACGUUCAUGGUCGGAAAAAGAGCUAAAAGAACUUUUUGAGCCUUAUGGAGCUGUCUACCAGAUUAAUGUUCUCCGAGACAGGAGUCAGAACCCACCCCAAAGCAAAGGUUGUUGUUUCGUAACAUUUUAUACAAGAAAAGCUGCACUUGAGGCACAGAAUGCACUGCACAAUAUUAAAACUUUACCUGGGAUGCAUCAUCCUAUUCAGAUGAAACCUGCAGAUAGUGAAAAGUCCAAUGCUGUGGAAGACAGAAAAUUGUUCAUAGGAAUGGUUUCGAAGAAGUGUAAUGAGAAUGAUAUCAGGGUGAUGUUUUCUCCAUUCGGCCAGAUAGAAGAAUGCCGAAUUCUUCGGGGACCUGACGGGCUGAGCCGAGUGCACAGCAUCAAUAUGGAAUCUAGCAGAGGCUGUGCGUUUGUUACAUUUUCUACAAGGGCAAUGGCACAGAAUGCAAUCAAAGCCAUGCACCAGUCUCAGACCAUGGAGGGCUGCUCUUCGCCUAUAGUGGUGAAGUUUGCUGAUACCCAAAAGGAUAAGGAGCAGAGGCGCUUACAACAGCAGUUGGCACAACAGAUGCAACAGCUCAACACUGCCACUUGGGGGAACCUCACAGGCCUUGGAGGACUCACACCACAGUACCUAGCUCUUCUGCAGCAAGCAACUUCCUCCAGUAACUUGGGUGCCUUCAGCGGCAUUCAGCAAAUGGCUGGCAUGAAUGCUUUACAGUUACAGAAUUUGGCAACUUUAGCAGCCGCAGCAGCCGCCGCCCAAACCUCAGCUACCACCACCAAUGCAAAUCCUCUCUCCACAACGACUGGUGCGCUGGGAGCGCUCACAAGUCCUGAACUUGGAAGUUGUGUAGUGCAUGAGGCAAGGGACUGCAUGAAGAGGAAGGACAGUCUCAUGGUUAGGGCAGUUGAAUGCUGCCCUGGAGAACUGGAUUCUAUCCCUGCCCUGCCAAACUACGUGAUGCUGGUGGCCGCGUCAACUGCUAAUUCCACGGCUGGUGCAGCCAUGAAUUCUUUGACUUCUCUGGGUACUCUCCAAGGAUUGGCUGGAGCCACUGUUGGACUGAAUAAUAUUAAUGCACUAGCAGUUGCUCAAAUGCUCUCAGGUAUGGCGGCCCUGAAUGGAGGACUUGGCGCAACAGGCUUGACGAACGGUACAGCAGGCACAAUGGACGCCCUCACCCAGGCCUACUCAGGAAUUCAGCAGUAUGCUGCAGCAGCGCUGCCCACAUUGUACAGUCAGAGUUUGUUACAGCAACAAAGUGCUGCGGGCAGCCAGAAAGAAGUGUUGUUUUUGUUUUAUCCUUUAAUUUAGUUUUUGCCAUCUAUCCUUCGAGGUGUAUUUUACCACCCAUUGUUUGUUAAUGUAAAAGUACUCAUUGGCUGCUGCUUACAAAAGACACUGCUAAUGAAAACCAUCCUAAAAGCAUUUUUUUAAUUAUAUAUAUAUAUAUACAUUUGUUGUUGUUGGAAGGUGGGUAACUCUCCCCUUUCCUCUCCUCCUUGUGGUUUCUAUGUAUGCUAUGAUCAUCUAGCUGCUAUUAGAUUUUAGUUUUCAGGUUAAUGACGAGAUCCGUCGUUACAUCGAGUGGUUCUUUGUUUAAUUGUGGGUCUUGAGGGGAAGCAAGUAAGUGAUUGGUUGCCCCUCUUUUUGUGCCAACAGAGCAAAAUAAACCUCAGGAAGUUAACGCUAAGAAUAAAUUAAUACUAAUCACAAAAUGUUUAGCGAAAUGAGGAUAGUCUCUCUCUCUUCUCUCCCCCGGCAGCCUUCUUGGGGUUUUGUUUUUAAUUCCCACCCCCUUAACUUUCCGCUAAUUUUAGAAGUUAGAAAAGUUUUGUAUGCCUUCUAAGAAAGAGUCGUCAUUAUACUUACUGUUCUUGCCAGAGAUACACUGGAACAAGGGCUAGUGAAUGGCAUCAAAAGAAGUUUUUUAUCCUCUUUUAAAAUAGUCUCUUGAAUCGUUAUGGAACGUGGUGUCUCUUAGGCAGACAAUGUUGAAACCCUCAACGCUAGGGAUUUAAUAGGGACACUGUCAAAUUAAAAUAAAUAUGUAUUUAAUAAUUUUCUUACCAUUAACAAUUUAGAUGAUUGAAGUUGAAAUAAUUUUUUAAAAUUCAUUUAUUUUUCUCACUAUUUUGGCUCCCUGGCUUUGUUCGAUUGUUUUUUGUGUUUUUGAUUUCCAUUUCAUUCAGAUUGGAUAAAACCAUAAACCGAAGCUGAUUCUCUGUUGUGACUGGGUGGCAAAUAGUGUAGGACUAGCUUUUAUUUUUUUUAAAUUAUCUUCAUUGUUUUUAAGUUCACAAAAGCAUUUUUAUCAAUAGUACAUUUUAUCAUUCCCCAUGUGACAGUGUCCCUUAUAAAGUAAAGGCCUUUGUCAUCUUGCUGUCUUUUCCAGUGGGGGACUGUUAAG